AUGAACGAGCUGCGCGCGCUGUGCGACGCAGUCCCCAGCUUCCCGAACCAGGUCGCGUUUUCGAUGAUGGAGGAGGAGCUCGGGAGGCCCGUGCAUGAGAUAUAUGAGGAUAUUUCUGACAGCCCGAUCGCAGCUGCUAGUUUGGGACAGGUGUACAAGGCGAGGCUAAGGGAGAACGGGGAGGAGGUCGCAAUUAAGGUACAGAGACCGGAUAUGCUCAGGAAGGUCAGCCUGGAUUUGUACUGCAUGAAGAGGGUCGCAAAGCUGGCAGAGAGCGUGCAAAACACGUUCACCGCCGCGCGCACGGAUUAUACUAGUUUGCUGCUCGAAUGGGCCAGGGGAACGUACAAGGAGCUGGACUACCAGAACGAGGCUGCCAACUCGAGGAGGUUUGCGCGCUUGGUGCAGGCGAAGCUGCCGGAUGUCUACGUACCGGCAGUGUACGAUGAGUACACGAGCCGCAAGGUGCUGACAAUGGAGUGGAUUAACGGCGUCAAGCUUGCUGACUGCGGCCCGGAACAGAUUAAUGCGCUUGUGUCCAAGGGCGUCGAGUGCUUUCUGUUCCAGCUCCUGUCCGCGGGCUUCUUCCACGCCGACCCGCAUCAGGGCAAUCUGAUGCGGCUCGACAACGGCCAACUGUGCGUGAUCGAUUUCGGUCUCAUGGCUGAGAUCGAGAAAGUGGAAAUGGAUGCCAUGGUGUCUGCCAUCGUACAUCUUGCCAACAGGGAUUGGCCAAAGGUGAUCGAUGACUUUGUCACGCUCAAAUUCUUACCAGCUGGUGUCGAUACGUCCGAAGUAGAGCCCGUGAUCGGAGCGAUCUUGGACCAAGCGCUGGAAGGAGGUGGAGCUAAGUCGAUCAACUUCCAGUCACUGUCCGACGAGCUAGCAACUGUGACGUUCGACUUUCCCUUUUCCAUUCCGCCUGCCUUCGCGCUACUCCUCCGAGCUCUCUCCGUCCUCGAGGGCAUCGCCCUUGUCGGCGACCCCGAGUUCAAACUGAUCAUGGAGUCGUUCCCGUUCGUGUCCAAGCUAGUGAUGACCGACCGCAGCCCGGCGCUGCGGCAAGCGCUCAAGGAGAUCCUGUACAAGGACGGGAGCUUCAGCCCGACGCGUCUGCGCGUGCUGGUGGACUCCUCGCAGGGCAUGAUCAACGCGGGCGACGCGUUUGUCGACUUCGACACGCUGACCGACGACUCGGCCGUGACGCGGGAGGCGAUCGACUUCCUCUUCAGCGACGAGGGGGCGAUGAUCCGAGAAAUCCUGGUGGAGGAGAUCGCGAAGGGGAUCGACGUGCUGGCCAGGGACAGCUACUCGCGCGUGGCGUCGCAGUUCGAGCGGAGCGUGCCGGCGCCGCUCCGAGGCUUCCUCGCCAUGCCCGGGCGCUCCCCCUUCAGCCUGCUCACGCCGCUGUCGCCGCUGUCGCCGCUGGCGCUCCUCGCGGGGCCCUCGCCCGUGCUCCCGCCCGUGACGGAUGACGAGCGGGCGUACCUUGACAACAUGCGUGAGCUUAUCGCGUGGCUCGGUAACGACGGUACACAGAUGCAACCGCAGGUGUUGCGCUCGCUUCUACCGGAGAUUCUGGAAAAGUCCGGGGUCAUCGGGCGACAGGUGUUUGGUAGAGUGUGGGAGACGAUGGUGAAGAGAGUGUUCAAUGACUUGGUGCGAGGCGACGGGGAGGUCGUUGCUGGGAAACGGCGCGUGCCCGGGCUUCCCAGAUAGUUAUUUAUUGAAAAGGAUGCUUAGAUUGUCAGGAGGAUACUGAAGUGAAAAGAGUAAUAAAUGUGUAGAGUAUAGAUGUA